CUGAUCUAAAUUAAAUCUAUCGAUACAGCUCGAUCAUUCUAUUUUUAAUAAUUUUAGGUGGGUUGUUGGUUAUAAAAAUAAAUAAAUUGUACUAAUCAGAUUACAUGGGAAAUGAAAAAGAAAAGGAAAAAGAAAAGAAAUCAGUUUUUGAGACACAUCUCAACACUCCAAGCUCGACUCCGUUCUGCCUUUUCUCCUCCCCAAUAAACGGAAAUUGCGACGCUUCUCAUCACAUCCCAAAAGAAAAGCCGAUUCCCGGAGUUCAUAACGGAAUUCGAAAUCCGGCGAGAGUUCUCUCAACAAAACCCAAUUUAGUUGCCCGAUUAAAAAAAAUGGCUGAUUCUCUUCUACUCAACCUUACACAGAGCGUUCUCGAAAAGCUAGCCUCUCUUGCCCUCCAUGAAUUUUUCUUGGCUUGGGGACUUGAAACUGAUCUUCAACAAAUUAAGAAGCUUUUAAAGGUCGUAACAGCUGUGCUUUUGGACGCCGAGCAGCACCAAUCACGCAACCACCGGAUUCAAGUGUGGCUUGAGGACCUCACAGAUGUCCUUUAUGAUAUAGAAGAUACCGUCGAUGAAUUCGAGUGCGAAGCACUGAGAAGGCAAGUGGUGAAAGAUGCGGGGGACACUACCACAAAGGUAAGCCGCUUCUUUUCAAGCUCUAAUUCACUUGCAUUCCGCUUUAAAAUGGCCCAUAAACUAAAGAACCUUAGAGAGAGAGUAGCUGCAAUUGUUAAGCUUAAGUCUGAUUUUGGUUUGACUGAGGGGGUCAAUGGUAUGCAAGUCAUUCGCAGGGAGAGGAAAUUGACCUACUCCUUUGUGGAUGCUGCAACUGUUAUUGGGAGGGACGAUGAUAAAGAGAAGAUCAUAGGUCAUUUAUUGAAUCAUGUCGAUGUUGAAAAUGUCUCUGUUCUUCCAAUUAUGGGAAUUGGAGGUCUGGGGAAGACUACACUAGCUAAGCUGGUGUAUAAUGAUCAAAGGGUAAACAGUCAUUUUGAGAUGAAGGUUUGGGCAUGCAUCUCCAAUGACUUUGAUUUGGAAAAAGUUCUUAGAAAAAUCAACGAGGCUGUCACAGGUCAACAAUGUAGAGGCUGGGGUGUAGAACAAUUGCAAGCAUUCUUGAGGGAGACUAUUAACAAUAAAAGAUACUUGCUUAUCUUAGAUGAUGUGUCCAAUGAUGACCGUCGAAAGUGGAAUGAAUUGAGAGAUUUGUUGAUGGGGGGUGCUAACAGAAGUAGAAUUCUAGUCACAACAAGAGAAAAUAGUGUUGCCUCACUCAUGGCUAGUGUUCAACCUUACCGUUUGAAUGAUCUUUCUCAUAAAAAUUGUCUCUCUUUGUUUCUCAAAUGUGCAUUUAAAGACGCACAAGAUGUGGAACACUUCCCAAAUCUUGUAAAAAUGGGUGAAGAAAUUGUAAAUAAAUGCAAAGGAGUUCCUCUAGCAGUAGUAACACUAGGAAAUUUGCUUUACUCAAUCACAAGUGAGCAUGAGUGGAAAUAUGUAAGGGAUAGUGAGUUAUGGAAACUAGAGCAAAAGGAGGAUGAUAUAAUGCCUGCACUAAGAAUAAGUUAUGAGCAGUUGCCAUCUAACUUGAAAAGAUGCUUUGCAUACUGUUCAUUUUUUCCUAAGGAUCAUGAUUAUACUAACUUUGAACUAAUUUAUUUUUGGAUGGCACAUGGGCUUCUUCAGUGCAAGAAUGAGAAUGAGGAGUUAGAACAUGUUGGAUUGCGUUACUUUGAAGAGUUAUGUUCGAGAUCCUUUUUCCAAGAUUAUGAUCAAUUGAUUGACGGGGUCAGCUGUAAAAUGCAUGAUUUGUUGCAUGAUCUUGCGCUAUCAUUGACACAAAAAGAGUGCUCAAUAGUCACAUCAGCAACCAAACAAAUACCCAAAAAUGUUCGGCAUUUGUUAUUUGCUAACCCUAAUUUGCUUCCUGAAAGUCUCCCUGUGAUCUUACAAGGUUUAGCCAGUGUACGAACCAUUGCACCCUUUGGUUACUCGGAAUUUAUUAGCCAAUCAUUCAUCCAUUCAUUAGAUUUGUCAAGAUUUCAAUUUCUGCGAUACUUGGAUUUGAGACAUUCAGAAAUAGAGAUACUGCCAGAAAGUAUUGGUAUGUUAAAGCAUUUGAGAUUUCUCAAUUUAUCUGGGUCCAAAAUAACAAGAUUGCCUAAUUCUGUUUGCAAGUUACAGAGCUUACAUACUCGAUUGCUUUUAUUAUGUAAUGGAAUGGAAGAGCUACCUAGAGACAUGAGGUUGUUCAUCAGCCUUAGAACUCUGACAAUAACCACAAAGCAGAAGUGUUUGCCAAAUAAUGGAAUAGGCUGUUUGAAAUCUCUCCAAAGUUUGGUAAUUUUUUCAUGUGAAAAUAUAGAAUUCUUGUUUAAAGAUAUGCAGGGUCUCAACAGCCUUCGAAAUCUGAUUAUCAUGAAAUGUCGAAGCUUAAAAAGUUUGCCGCAGAGUAUAAAGUACUCGACUUCAUUAAAGUUUCUUUCUAUCGGGAAUUGUGAGAACCUUGAUUUGGAAAUGGAGGAGGAAGAGAACGAUAAUCAAAAUCAAUUAUGCCGCCUUGAAAUACUGUUACUUGAAGAUAUACCAAAAUUGGUGAAAUUGCCACGGUGGCUUCUCAAUAGUUCCACCAGCACCCUUCAACUCUUAUCUCUUGCACACUUGCCCAACAUGAAAGAGUUCCCUGCUUGCUUCACUGGUCUUCAAGAUUUACGUAUAGAAGAUUGCAAAUUACUUAUGGAAGAUUUGUCCAAGAUUCCUCAUGUCCCCAAAAUUCUUGUUGAUGGCUAGGAGUUCAGUGGCAGCUACAACCCACAAGAAGAAACUAUCAGCCCUGCGAUCCUAAAAAGAAGUUUAAUUAUCCAGUAUUCUAUUAAUUUAGUAUCGAGGCGAGUAUAACCAUAUAAAUAAUAAAGUUGUUUUACUAAAUUUAAAUAUUGAUGUAUAAUUAAGAUAUCAUAUAUUUAAUUUUCAUUUGUGGUACCAUCAACAAUGCUACUCUGUAUCAUUAAUGAUUUGUUGUUUCAGACUUGUUGGUUCUGUUAUUUCAUUUAUUUUCUUAAAAAUUAAAUUCUAUUUAUUUUUGGAUAGUAAACUUUUUGUAUUGUGUAACUCUUUGAUCGUAUUGCACUUUUUGUAUUGUGCAACUCUCUGUUAGGAGUUUGCACUUUAUGAUGUUUUACGGAAUUGAGUAUGUGCUUAGUGAAGCUGACCAACCAAAGAUGCAAAGGUAACUGUUAGGAGUUUGGGCAAGUAAGAUUACAUAGACUGGUUAGAGAAAAGUUCUUACUUAACAGUUUCUCUAUGAGCAGCUAAAUUUUGUUAAUCUUGUUUUCUGAUUAUGGAUUCUUAUUAAUGUCUAUUAGCUGCUAAGCUAUGUUGCACAUAAACUUGUUAAAUCCUACGUUGCAAACAAGGAAUGGUGGGAGGAAACUGAGAAGAAAUUCCGAGCAUGGCCUCAUACUGCAGGACCACCCAUGGUGAUGAAUCCAAUCAGUAGUCAGAACUUUAUUGUGAAGUGAAGGUCCGUGAAUCUUAAUCGUGUAAUUAACUAUUUGUUGGUUUAUGUUUUUAUCUGGUUUUGGUUGUUAGGACAUGGCCGCAAUUAGCUGGUUUGGGGCCUUUGUGUUUUUAAUAUAUGCCAUUAGCAUGCAAAUACAGGUAUCUUUGCUCAAGAGGCAUAAAUAGCAGUAAAGAGUUCAUUAUUGGUGUCUUUUGCAUUCA